ACAUGAAUUUGUGGAAAAAGGAACAUUUAUUAAAUACUGAUAUAUGUGAUUCAUUAGGUUUUACAUUUUCAUUUCCUUGCCAACAAGAUGAUCUCGCAUCAGCAAAAUUAACAACAUGGACAAAAUGUUUUAAUUGUUCAAAUGUUGUCAAUAAAGAUAUUGUGAAACUUCUACAAGAUGCUAUUAAUGAAAAAUAUAUAAAUACAAAAUGUGUCGCUCUUGUUAAUGAUACAGUUGAAACAUUAAUGUCUUGUGCAUAUAAAAAUCCAUCAACAAUUAUUGGUCUCAUACUAGGAACUGAAACAAAUGCAUGUUAUAUUGAAAAUUUAGAUAAAAUUGGUACAUGGAAUGGCGAUUAUAAUGAUCUAAAACAAGUUAUUAUUAAUACAGAACGGAGUGCUUUUAGUGAUAAUGGUUGUUUUAAUUUUAUUCGAACUAAGUAUGAUGAAGAAGUUCAUCUUUCAUCAAUUAAUCGUGGCAAAAAAAAAUUUUCAAAAAAAUGA